AUGGAGUGGUAUAAUAUAAUUUUGCAGAAUUCGGCGCCGGAGCCGGAUGGGAUAAGGUCUGGUGCGCAGGCAGUUGCAUUGCAGAUCUCCGGGGACAAGGCAGCCUUCUACAAUUGCAAGUUUAUUGGAUUUCAGGACACUCUUUAUGAUUACAAGGGCUUGCAUUUCUUCAAGGACUGCUACAUUCAAGGAACCGUAGAUUUCAUCUUCGGAAAAGGAAAAUCUCUCUACUUGAAUACUAAGAUACAUGUCCUAGAGCAGAAUAUUACGGUGGUAACGGCACAACAAAGGGAUGCUUCGGAGGAUAAUGGAUUUUCAUUUGUGCAUUGCAAAAUAACUGGCACUACAUGUGUGAGGGGUACAUACUUGGGCAGGGCUUGGGGGAGCAGCCCCAUCGUGGUGUUUGCCUACACUGACAUGGCCAACGUCGUCCAUCCUGAACGAUGGAAUGACUUUGGCCACCCUGAACGUUCCAACAAUAUGUUCUAUGGAGAGUUUCAGAAUUCGGGUCAAGGGUCAAACAUAAGCGGGCAAGCACGCUACACCAAAAAGCUAAGCGAUGCAGAAGCCAAAUCUUUCCUCAGCCUUGGCUAUAUUCAGGGUUCCAAAUGGCUUCUUCCUCAUCUAAAUACAAGAUCCAGACAUAGUAUAGUUUAA